AUGGCUACCUGGACAGCCAAAGACAGCAUUGUCAUCCUCGGCGCCGGCAUCAUCGGCCUCGAUGUUGCCCUCGUGCUGGCGCGCAAGGGCCUCGGCCACCUUGUGACGAUCGUCGCCGAGUAUAUGCCGGGCGACACGGCGCCCGACUACACAUCGCCGUGGGCGGGCUGCAACUACUCGUCCAUCUCGGGCAGCGACGCCAACGCGCUGCGGUGGGACCGCCUCGGGUACCGGCACCUGCUGCAGCUGGCGACACACCACGCGGACGAGGCGUUCGUGACGCGCACGCCGUCGACGGAGAUUUGGGACGACGUCGUUCCCAACGACAAGAUUAAGAUUAUGUCGGAGUACUUGGAGAACUUUGCGGUGCUUACCCCGGCCCAGCUCCCCGAGGGCGCCGCGUUUGGCGUCACCUUCAACACCGUGACGAUCCAUGCGCCCAAGCACCUGCUGUGGCUGCACGCCACGCUGCAAGCCGCCGGCGUCACAUUUGUCCGCCGCAGCGUGGCCGACCUGCCGUCCGUCGUCGGCCCCCACACCGAGAUCGUCUUCAACUGCAUCGGCAACGCCGCCACCACGUUCACGGGCGUCCAGGACCCCAAGUGCUACCCGACACGCGGCCAGGUGCUCGUCGUGCGCGCCCCUGGCGUCACCCGCAACAUGAUGCGCUACGGCGAUGGCUACAUCACCUACGUCAUCCCGCGGCCGCUGUCCAACGACCAGGUGAUUUUGGGCGGCUACCUGCAGAAACACGUCGGCGACCACGCCACCUACGGCCACGAGACCCAGGACAUUCUGGCGCGGACGACGGCGCUGUCGGCCGAGCUGCGCGGCAGCAACGGCGGCAAGGGCCCCGAGGUGCUGGCUGUGGCGUCGGGUCUGCGGCCCUCGCGCGAGGGCGGUGCACGCGUGGAGCGUGUCGAGCUGGUGGUGGGCGGCCGGGCGCGGGCGCUCGUGCACAACUACGGCGCCGGCGGCACGGGCUACCAGGCGGGCUACGGCAUGGCGCUGGACGCGGUGCGGACGAUUGAGGCGCUGCUGCCGACGGCGCAGACUGUGACGGCGUCUCUGUAG